UUAGCCUUACUUAGUACAGAGCAGUACAGAGUUAGCCGUCAAUCGUCGAUGGUCCCGUAUUGUUUCUUCGUGUCGGUGUUUAUAAAAGGACAAUUCACCUCGCACACUUUGUUUAUAUUCCAAUUCCUCAUUAAUCAUCGUCAUUCUCUCUCCCACGCUCUCCAACACACAGUUGACACUGUCCAUCAAGUAGUCGAAUUACAUUUCUAAAACUAAUUACACUGCUCUAAGUGUCACACUACACCUUCAUUGAAGAACUUUGUUGAACCGUUACACGUUACGUGAGUUACUUUCUGUACGAGAAGGGAGUCAGUAAUCUCAAUUGCAACUUUUCCCAAUUUUUUAGUACUGUUAACCAGAAACGUAUUCUCCUGCCUCGAGCAUAGCAAAGAUGUUAAAAUAUUUAUUAAUGGAUGAAUGGAGCAGUACAGCAGCAAGUGAAACCUUAAUAAAAUCCAGACUUUCUUAUUUCAACUUCAAAGUUUCAUCCUAAUAAACUUUAUUAUCUAAAUAAGAAAUGAUUGCAAACACUAUGUGUUUGCUGCAAUCUUUGCAAUUCGUAUCUAAGAUGAAUUGAAUAUUUGGAAACUCUUUUAAUUAAACAGUCAACACCUGUUUGCGAAAUAGUAGUUUUUCUAGAGAUUCUAGAGAAAAAGAAGUAUGAGCUACUACUGGAAAAACUAUUUUAAAUCUGCCAUCCAAGUUGCAAAAUAUUCAUCUAGCAGUAAAAAGUGACGGAAGGGGUCAGAAAAUGUAGUUCAUACAAAAUCAAAAUCUUCCUUUGUUUUUUUAUUUUAAAAAAUAGAAUAUUUAACAUUUGCUCGAAAGCUCGAAAAAUUGAAACAUUGUUUCGAAAUACUUUCGAUAAUAAAAGAGGACAAAUUUUAUCUACAUAUUACAACACUAAUGAAUCUAUACGUGAAGUGCUAUUAUAUUGUGUAUGAAACUAGUGCUUGUUGUCAUUAAAAUGCAAUCAAAAUUGUUCACAUCAUCAAAACUCGUAAACAUAAAAAGUAAUUUAAAAAAAAUUCUGCUUUAUUGACCUUAAAGCCCACACUAAAUCGAAGAAAAUAUUGAAUCACAUUUAGAAACAUACCAUCAUCGGAAAGAAUUUUUUUAAAAGAUGGGUGGAUUCGAAGUAUACUUGAUGAGAGUGGAAGUGGGCGAAUAAUUAAUGUAAGGAGGAAAAAUAAGAAGUGUUAAAAAUGACUCUGAUCACACCAAAGAACAGCUCCUCAAUGAUUCGGGACAAGGAAAACGUCCCAGCUUAUGAUAUAAAGCUUGAAAGAGUAUUGGGUGUAACCGUAUCAAGCAAUGCAGCUUUAGAUUGUGAUUCAACCAGCGAGUUAAUCGCUUAUCCUGCAGGAUGUACUGUGGUGCUUUUUCAUCCGCGAAAAAACACACAGACGCAUGUGCUGAAUGGCUGUCGAAAGACCGUAACGUCGUUGGCCCUGUCAGGAGAUGGCAGGCACUUGGCCACUGGCGAGUGCGGACACGUUCCCAAUGUCCGCGUCUGGGACAUUUCGGAUCCACAAAAUGCCAUUCAAAUAACAGAAUUCUCUGGCCAUAAGUAUGGCAUCAAUUGCGUUGCAUUUUCACCAAGCAGUAAAUAUGUAGUUUCGGUCGGUUCCCAACACGAUAUGAUAGUAAAUGUCUGGGACUGGAGGAAUAAUGUAAAAGUAGCAUCCAACAAGGUUUCAAGUAAAGUAAAAGCCGUGUCUUUUGCUGAGAGUGGAAAUUAUUUUGUUACGGUGGGCAACAGGCACGUAAAAUUUUGGUACCUGGAAUACUCCCGUAGUGCCAAGUACAAAGAACCAGUGCCUUUGAUGGGACGUUCUGCCAUAUUAGGAGAGCAAAGAAAUAAUGACUUUGUCGAUGUAGCUUGUGGUAAAGGCGAAAUGGCAGACUCCACGUACGCUAUCACUAAAUCGGGUCUUUUAUGCGAAUUCAACAAUAGAAGAUUACUCGAUAAAUGGGUUGAAUUGAGAACGACUAGUGCUAAUUGUAUGACAGUGGGAGACAAAUAUAUUUUUAUCGGAUGCGCAGAAGGAAUUAUAAGGUGCUUUAGUCCUGUAACACUUCAAUUUAUUACUACACUACCUAGGACGCAUUAUUUAGGAGUAGAUGUCGCUCAAGGAUUAUCAAUUAGUCAUAUGUCACAACAUCCAGCGAAUGCAAGAUAUCCUGAUUCAAUAGCACUCGCUUUCGACGAGAAGAACAACAAGUUAACGUGUGUCUACAACGACCACAGUAUCUACGUUUGGGACGUCAGAGACAUCAGGAGGGUGGGAAAGUCCCAUUCUUUCCUCUACCAUUCGGCUUGUAUUUGGGGAGUGGAAAUGUAUCCUGUGGGAGCGAGCUCUAUCGGUGCCAUGCCAACUGGAAGUUUCGUUACUUGCUCUAGCGAUGAUACAAUUCGCAUUUGGAAUUUAGACAAAGUACUCUCGACAAACAACACGUUGUACAAAAAGAACAUAUAUAGCAAUGAAUUAUUAAAAGUUCUGUAUGUUGAUCCUGAGCUGACGUACUUAAAAGAUCUUGAUUUAGCAGCUGCUGGAUCGACAGAGAAGAACGAUGCCUCGUAUGAUGGUCGAAAUGGUGUUAGAUCUAUUAGAGUGAGUCCAGAUGGAAAACAUUUAGCUUCAGGGGAUAGAUCUGGUAACAUUAGGAUUCACGAUGUUUCAACCCUGGAAGAACAGUGUCGCAUAGAAGCUCACGAUGCGGAAGUUUUGUGCCUGGAGUAUUCAAAAUUUUCGCAACAUUCUCUGGACAAUCCGAAACUGCUGGCAAGUGCUUCUAGAGAUCGACUCAUUCAUGUUUUCUGUGUCAAUGAAGGGUACAAUUUUUUGCAAACACUCGAUGAUCAUAGUUCGUCGAUAACAGCCGUUCGCUUCUUCAAUCAAACAAAUCAAAACAAUCAACUUCAGAUGGUUUCAUGCAGUGCGGAUAAGAGUAUUAUUUUUCGUCAACUUCAAGAAACAUCGGGAGGAUCGCUGCAAUUUACAAGGGGACAAAAUGCGCAGGGAAAAACAACACUCUAUGACAUGGAGGUUGAUUCUGGUCAAAAGUACGUUCUUACUGCCUGUCAAGAUAGGAAUAUCAGAGUCUACAAUGUAGCGAAUGGAAAACACAGCAAGACUUUUAAAGGUUCCAUUGGUGAAGAUGGAUCGCUCAUUAAAGUUGUAUUAGACGCUUCGGGAAUUUACGUUGCCACGUCAUGUACGGACAAAACUUUGUGCGUUUACGAUUACUACAGUGGCGAGUGCAUGGCGACGAUGCUGGGUCACUCUGAAUUGGUCACCGGUUUGAGAUUCAGUUCCGACUGCCGUCACUUGGUCUCCGCCAGCGGCGAUGGUUGUAUAUUUAUUUGGAAAGUACCCCACGAUAUGGUUGUCACAAUGCACGCACGACUCGCCCAACAAGCAAUGCGCGCUGGAAAAUGUUCGACACAAAUGAAUGGUGAUGCAGUGGAUCUUCAGUUGGACAAUGAAACAUUCGGUCCUCCAUCUGCGGAAUUCCUGGAUCCGAAUGCCAACCAAGCGCACAAUGAUCCAGGAAUUGAUUACCGAUUCAGUAUCGGGCAGCUUCCUCUGUGGGCGAAGAAGCAAAUAAAUACGACGAACACUGACGGUCGGACGUCUGGCAAUUCGGGAGCGAGGUCCCUUUGUGUCGAUCUGCCGAAAGGUCGCUGGGCCCAGAGGGUGCAGCAAGGGGAUGGCAUCACUGUCAAAUCUGUUUACGACAGUGACGAGGUGAUUCCGUUUCCGCCUCCACGGGGAGGGACGGAUUCUGACGGCAACGGUGGAGGCGGCGGUUCUAAGGACAGUUCCAUCGACAGUGGCACCGAGACCAAGUGCAGCAGCGACUAUCGGCGGGAGUCUAUAAUUAUCAAAAGGGAAAGUGAAGAAACAAUUUUCCAGACAGGUCAAGAGAGAUACAGGGAAAUGACUGAAAACUCUAAACAGAUCGUGAGCAGUAAUAUAGUGCUGUUGAGGGAUAAUGAUGCCACGGAAAUAACACGGCAGUCCAGAAGUCGACAUUACACUGACGAUAGUAGCCUGGGCAGUUUUAAAUUUGAGGAUCAUGAAAGUACCGAACAUGAUGGGGACGUAGAGGAUUAUUCUGAAGGAGAAAAUGGAACAACUGGAUCGGAAAAGUCACACCAUCGUCUCAUGUAUUAUCCUUCACCUCAAGAUACCACUUCGAACCAGUUCACUGUUAAUGCCAUGGACGUUGAAGAACUCAGAAGAUCUCAGAGGCGAGUUAAAAAAAUAAAGUCCAAUGAAGGGGGAAGAAGUGAAAUUACUGCUUCCGGUAGUCAAGAAGAUUCUGAUUCAGAAGGAGGAGCGUCGACACCAAGUGCCGAAAGAAAUCCUCUAUCAAUGCUCUCUGAAGCAAGUUCGGAAGGCUUCGAUCAGCUAGUUAAUCAAACUCACAGAGAAAAGUUUUUAAAAAACGCUUUCGAAUCUCUUAGUGGUACCGAAGAUCAUUCUAGUAGAUUAAAAAGCACCAGUAUUAGUUCACAGUUUCAUGAAAGGUUAAGUGGUGGAGAAAAAUCAAAUUAUAAUUUAAGUAACGCGCCUGUUACGAAUGCGUCAAAGCAGGUCAAAAGCAACGUGGACAUGGCGAGAAAGAGAGAGGAACUGCAGAGACGAAUAGAAGAGACGAGGAAAAAACUACAAAGUGUUGGUCAUAGGUCGUCAUUAAAAACGAGUCAGAGUAUUUCGGACCUAAGUAGCCAUUUCACUGACAAACACCACCGCCAAAACAGAAACAACACAGCAGUAGGCACUGUUGGGAAGCGACUGCCAUCAAAGGUUGUUGAUAGCGAAGACGAGGAUUCUGGCAUGAGGCGUGCCUGUUCGUUAAGUGAUCUGUCCAUCAAUCCACCCAACAAGUUAUUGCAUGGUUUAGUCCAAGUUCCAGGAAAAUUACCCAACAAAAUUGUCAACACUUCCUCACGAGCGGGAAGCGGAAAUCCAAACGUUGGCUCGUCGAGGCACUCGACUGCGAAGAGUCACUCGUCGCACAUGACUCGAAGCAGCAGUGUUGGUGUACUUAAUCAGAGUGAUUCUGAAUCGGAUGCAGGAGCGAGCGGAGUGGUUAGAGACUGGAACAGUAAACCUGUAAAUAGUAGAAUAAAUGCGCUAAUGAGACCUACGAUCAGUUCUCAGAAUAAGGUCACUCACUUGGCAAAAGCCAACUCCUGCUUCGGAUCGAAUAUUCCUUCUGUGUUGCGAAGAAGGGGCAUGCAAGGGGCUUAUUCAACAAUGAAUUUAUGUCAAAUUAGUAAUCAAGAGGACUCGAGCUCAGAAGAAACGUCUUCUAACGGAAAUGGAAAGCCAUCUUUACCUUUACGGCCUAGGAGUAUUAGCAUCGACCAUUCCGCUACUAGUGCGUGUAUGUCUGGACAAGCAAUGAAGAGAAUAGGCUCUUCUUACACAGUAAACAAUCGGCCUGUGGAGGGAAUGAGCGCUCAAAAUAAUUCUAGAUUUUCUUUAACAAAUAGAAAUCAACUUGAACCUAGUCCUCACGAACUUCCUGUUAAAGACACUGACCGGGGAAUUGACGUUACUAGUGCAGACUUAGACGUGGAUGAAGAAUUAGUAUCAACACAAUUGUGCAGUACUGUAGCAGACGAGUUGACUCGCACAGCUGACAAUGUUGUUCAACUCUAUAAACGACUAACUUUAAACGAUAGUGAUGAUCCCUCGAGUGCGGCAAUCGGCAGAGACACAAUGCUACGCGAUUUGGAGUCCUCUGUUAACGAAGCCAUGCGAACGCUGCGUCUCGUAGUUGCUGCUAAGAAUGAGAACAACUCUUCAGACAACAUAAGCGUUAACGAGGCGACGGAAAAGUUUCAAGAAUUGCUCGCAGGUCAAGAUCAAAGUAAAAUCGUUAACAUGAUGCAGCAAUAUUCGGAUAUGCUGCUCUCGAUGAUGCAGCAAAGAAUGGGAGGAAGUCAAGGCAAUCGUUCCUAAAAAUCCGUCCAUUCGUCAAUCAAUUGAAUCUUCUAUUUCUCUAAAAACCAAUAAACUAUGAACAAAAUUUAUAUUUUAUUAGUUAACUUUGAUUUUUGCUUUUUCGUUUAGGCGCAUAUUAGAAAAUUCAAUAACGAAAGCAUCUGUAAAUCAAAAUUUUAUUAGAAUUUUUUUGAUUUUUCAAAUUAAUUAAAAAUCGGCGUUGAAAAUAAAAAUAAUUUUAUUUUGCGUUUUUAACAAAAUUCUUUAGUUCAAGUUUGCAAAUCAAGUUUAGAGUAUUUAUUGUAAAGGUUAUAUUAAUUAGUGGUAUUAAACAGAGCCAUACACUGAUGGAAUUAAUGAUU